AUGGAUCUAAGGACCAUAAUAACUGCUUGUAUUAAUUUGGUCACGGGAAUUCUGAAUGCGGUGCUUUACUUUCUUAUUCCAAGACCUGUAAUCACAGACGACCAAGCAAACCGGAGAGAUUCACAUUUAGCUACACAAUUUAUCCAAAAAUUUGAAGAAAAAUAUGGUGUUGAACAUCCAGAUUUUUUUCAAGGAACUCUCUCGGAGGCCUUGGAAAGAGCAAAACGUGAUCUCAGGUUUGCAAUGGUGAUACUUCAAACAGAUGAACAUGAUAACACUGCUAAAUUCAAUCGCGAGACGUUAACAUCUGAUAUAUUACUAACGUUUCUCCGUGAACACAAUGUAUUAGUAUGGGCAGGUGACAUAAAGGAUCCGGAAGCUUACCAAGCAACUACAUUUCCAUUUGUUGCUGUAAUCGUCGCUCAAAUACCUCAAGGAAGCGCUGGAUCAAGUCCAAAGUUGUUGUUUGUAACCCAUUAUGAAGGAUAUUCAACUCCAGAGAAUCUGAUAGCUAUACUUACUAUGUCGAUUGAACGUUACGGACAAAGUCUUCAGAGGAUUAGAAAUGAGCGUGCAGAACACGAAGCCGCAAGACAAAUACGUGCCCAACAAGAUGAUGCAUAUUUAGCUUCAUUAAGGGCAGAUCAGGAAAAGGAAAGGAUAGCACGUGAAUUGGUCGAAACGCAAAGAUUGACUGAAGAACGUGCGAGAAAAGAAGAGGAAGCACGACAAUUGCUUGCAUUAAACCGAGAAAAUUGGAGGCAAUGGACUUUAAAAAAUUUACCAGAUGAGCCACUUACGGAAACAGAAGUUGCCAAGUUGAGCUUUAGGUUAGCCAAUGGGGAGAGAGUAGUAAGAAAAUUCAGGGCAACUGACACUGUUGAGACGGUUUAUAACUUUGUUGAUACAUAUUAUUUACGAAACACGUCUUCAUCCUCAAAUGUAUCUGAACCAUCGCCGGAUUAUAUACACACAUUUGACUUUCUAUUGGUUUCACCGUAUCCUCGUUCUGUUUAUCAUGCGGAUAAAUUCAAAGAAAUACAAAAUGAACAAGGGCUUUGGCCAAGUGCAAACCUAAUUGUUGAGGAAUCAACUGCUGACGAUGACGAGUAA